AUGGAUAGUAGCAUCGUGCUAGACUGGUAUCGUACCUUGAACUCCCGAGUUGUGGACCUCGUCGGUGACUUUGCCGGUAACGAGCUUUUCAUAAUCGAGGGAGAUUCGCUUCUUCUGCAGUGCUUUUCCGACAAGAAACUCGACUUCAAUCCUGGAUUUCAGGUCUUGCAUGCGACUUACCUUGCUGAGCAGUUGUUGCAAAAGCUUCAACAGCGCAAGUGCGUCUUUCAAGUUGUGUUCUUCACCCAGAACACCCCACUAUGCAUUCCCCCUGGUAUUCACGGCGAUCUUCACAAGAGAUAUCUACUGGCGCGAGAGGCAAUCAUACAACAUCUGCUCUCUAUUCCCAUUCAUUCAUCACAAUACUUUCAGGCUUUCAGAUUUGAGAGUUACCAGUCCGAGGAAUUCAAAGCUCACCUGAUCAAUUCUGGAGCAUACAUGUUCAUGUGUCAUGAUGGAGCCUUUUCCGGAUACAACAAAGAUGACCCAGUCGAUGAUACCGAUUCCAGUGACUCGGAAACCAGUGAUCUUGAUAGCAACUCUGAAGAUGAUGACCACAAGGACCUCUAUGUCGAUGAGCAAGGCGAGCCAGAAAGACUCCGGCUUCGUAGGAUGAUCUACUGGAUUGUUGCUCAUGGAAUUAACGUUGCUCUCAUCAAUAGUCUCGUAUUUCGUGACACAAAGAUCAUGGCAAUGGUGAUCGAGAGUUCAAGCAAGACAACCGUAUUGCCGAGCGUCCCUGAACCCCGCGGUACUGAUUCACCCACUCGAAACGACGAGCUCGAUUAUGUUUCAACCACCCUGUCCAAAAUUGAAAUCGGUGAUAAUGAAAAGGAGGCUAAGGAUACGCCUGUUAAUACGUUGAGUGGCCAGGAUACAGGCAACGAACUUUCAAACCAAGUCCAGAUACACAAGGCUCUUGAAAAGACCAUUCUCGAUAAUCCUGGUCUGUCCCAGCGCCAAUGCCUUUUGGUAGUUACCCUGGGUACCAUGCUUCUCGAUGAUGCGGUGGAAUGUUCCGAUAAUAGGAUUGGAGCAGAAUCCAUGAUUUUGCAUCUCGUGCUUCUGCAAGCUACUCGACUGUCAGAUAGAUCGAUCAAAGCAACCGCAUCUCCAAACCUCAAGUUCUUCAACAAGUAUGUGGGAACGGCGCAAAAGUUGCUCGGCUCAAAACUUUGGCAGAAGGCAAUGGAGGAUCAUGGCUUAUCUUGCGAUCUUUCCGAUCUCAUGGAUGGAACAUUGUUCUUUGAAGUUCAGAUAAUGGUAAAAACGCUUGGCAUCAGCAAAGUCAUCUCGCCGGCCACACUACUGCCAUUCAACGAUCUUGCACGUCUGGUGGAUCGCAUUUGUGGUACAAAGUUGCAGUGUAAAUCGACCAAAAAAUUGAGAGCUCACUCUAAAAAGGCUACUCCCAGCGGCCCAGAACCGAAGCAUCGUGAGAUACAAAGUGUGUCCAAGACUUCCCGCAAAUUUGGAAAGGUGCUGCCAUUCACCAACGCAAUUUUUGAUGCAUAUCUGGAACCUGUUCAGCUCCAAGUGGACAAGUCUGUCGACCUGACUAGCGAUGCCCAAAUUUCCAAAGAGUUCAAAGAGAAAAGCCACUGGCAUAGCUCCAAACCUCUUCAUCAAAAAGCGAAAGUUAUCUUGACACCUGAGGAAGUCCUUCGGCACCAAAAGCGGAAUCAGUUCUUCAUGGCCGAGAUGAGAGAUUAUGCUGCAAGCCUCACGGGAUCAACGGGCCUGUUACAGCCAGAACCAAUCAUUGUUGAAUCGUUCAGUGAUACACACCACAGGCACCACCCAAAACAUCCUUCCAUGACCAAAGCUAUUGGAGGCCCCUCCUCGACUUCUAAAUCCAACAAGAAAUCCCAUUCAGCGUCUGGUAAACCCACGGCCAAAGAGACCGCUGCUGCAUACCUUCAUCAAAAGGCAAUCGAAGCCAGAAAAAAGCAAAUACAGAAGUGGGAAAAAUUGUAUCAAAAAGACUUUUCUCGAAUUGAUGACCUCGUGCUUCGUCUCUCGAAGCUGAACGAUUACCUGGCCACUCUACCGAAAGACAGUCGACAAAUUCUGCAGCCUGAAGUCCUGACUUGCAUGGUUGAUACGUUGCUACGAAUCAUCUUUGUUGAAAGACUAGACGCACAGGUUGAAAAACACACAUUGAUUGUGAUACACAUAUGGGAGAUCAUCACUCGUCUUAUGAAGAUCAAGCAGGGGAUCUCAACUGACAUUGCCACAUAUGUGAGAAAGGCUUGUCAUCAACUCGGUUUACCAAACGUUCAACUUAAUACGGACAGUGAGCAGCAACUAUCCUUCCAGCCCUUUCAGAUCCCCAAAGCACCCAACAUGAGUAUUGCAAUGCCAUCAGUCGAAUUCCAGCUUUUGCAUGGUGGACCUUUCAUGGACCGCAGCAUAGAGUCCUUGCCCGACUCCCGGACGCCCGAUUUUGAGCCUGACCUUUGGCAGCGUGAAGUCUUGGACCAGAUCGAUGCAAAGAGGAGCUUGUUCAUUGUAGCUCCAACUAGUGCAGGAAAGACUUUCAUCUCGUUCUAUGCAAUGAAACAAAUUCUCAAAGAAGACGACGAUGGCAUUCUUGUGUAUGUUGCUCCCACGAAGGCUCUGGUUAACCAAAUCGCCGCUGAGGUGCAAGCCCGGUUUUCCAAAGCAUUCCCCGCCAAAACGAGUGGAAAAUCAGUUUGGGCGAUACAUACAAGAGAUUAUCGCAUUAACAGCCCUAUGGGCUGCCAAGUUCUCAUAACGGUUCCAAGUAUUCUCCAAAUCAUGUUGCUCGCGCCCGCGAAUGCCCAAGCAUGGACCCCACGAAUCAAGCGCAUCAUUUUUGAUGAGAUCCAUUGCAUAGGACAGGCUGAAGACGGUGUCGUUUGGGAACAGCUACUGCUGAUGUCCCCUUGUCCAAUUAUAGCCCUUUCCGCUACUGUUGGAAAUCCCCAAGAGUUCUAUGAUUGGCUACAUCUCGCCCAAAAGACGAAUGGAUUUGACCUCAAGAUGAUUCAGCACCGGCAACGAUAUUCGGAUUUGCGAAAGUACAUUUACCAGCCCUGCACAAGCUUCAAGUUCAAGCGGUUUCUCCAAACUGGUGGCUUGCCACGUCUAGGUCUCGAUUUGGCAGAUGAUAUGAAAUUCAUUCAUCCCGUAACCAGCCUCGUGGACCGCUCCAGAUUGAUACCAGAUGACUUUGACCUUGAACCACGCGACUGCUUCACUUUAUGGAAAGCAAUGCAUGAUCUAAAAACGGAACGCUUCCCUGUUGAUUCGUCUCUGGAGCCAUCCCACUUUUUCUCAGACAUUGUCAUCCAAAAGGUGCAUGUCAUAGAAUGGCAAAAACGACUCAAGCAAUUGUUAGGAGAGUGGAUGAAAGAUCGAAAAUCCCCAUUUGAGACGCUUUUGCGCAAUCUUCAAAACGAAAAAGGAUGCGAACCCGUGGGACCAACGGAUCAGAAGGCAUCAAACAACGUAUCGCAGUCGAAUGGUCUGCCAUCGGAGGCAACAGAUAAUGACUUGCUGAACUCGACGCUUCCAUUGAUUUUCUCCUUGCAUGCUCAAAACGCCCUCCCAGCAUUGUUCUUCAAUUACGAUCGCAGCCAAUGCGAAGGUAUAUGCCUGCACCUGUUGACUGAGCUACAAAAUUCCGAAGCCGUAUGGAAAGCAGACAGUCCAGUAUGGAAAUCGAAGGUCGCAAAAUGGGAAUCAUGGAAGGUUUCCAAGCAUGAAUCAACGAAAAAGCUUCAAAAUAAUACCAAGAAAAGACAGAUAGGCAACGGUGACAAGGAUGAAGAGCCGAUUUCCAAGGCGGGACUCGCCAAAGAAUCAGCAUCUGCUGAAUUCAGUUGGCUUGACAGCUUUGAUCCAAAAACCCCAGUGGACGGGUUUCAUCUGGCGGACUUUAAGAAGAUAUCGUCUUCCGAAUUUUCUGAAUACACCGAGGCGUUGAAGUACCGCCAUGUGCCCCAGUGGUUGAUAGAUGCCCUAGAGCGAGGAAUCGGCGUUCAUCACGCUGGAAUGAAUCGCAAAUAUCGUCAAGUUUGUGAGAUCCUUUUUAGAAAAGGCUUUCUGCGCGUGGUGAUUGCCACUGGGACUUUGGCCUUGGGUAUCAAUAUGCCCUGCAAAACAGUAGUCUUCUCGGGUGAUUCGAUUUUCUUGACUGCCCUGAAUUUCCGACAAGCCGCUGGAAGAGCAGGACGUCGAGGCUUUGACAUGCUGGGAAAUGUUGUUUUCCAAAUGGUUCCACCUUCAAAGAUAAAGCGGUUGAUCGGCUCGAAGCUCCCAAGUCUCAACGGUCAUUUCCCCAUAACCACCACUCUAGUUCUACGGUUGUUUAUCUUGCAACACGGUUCAGAUCAAGCCCCAUCUGCUGUGAAGUUGAUCAACUCGAUUCUUUCAAGCCCUCGAAUCUUCCUCGGUGGGGCUGAAAUGAGGGACACAGUCCUACACCAUCUCCGGUUUUCCAUCGAAUACCUACGGCGAAACAAUUUGCUUAGUAGUUCUGGGACGCCGCUCAAUUUUGCAGGCUGUAUCUCUCACUUGUACUACACAGAGAAUUCCAGCUUUGCGUUCCAUGCACUGUUGAACUCGGGAUACCUCCAAGAGCUCUGUCAAGACAUUAAGAAAAGGCCUCAGAAGACACUUCGCACUCUUAUGCUGGUGAUGGCGCACCUCUUCGGUCGUAUCCCUUUGCGCCAAGCCACCUUGGAGUUGUACCAGUCUGCAGAAAAGAAGCCCCCCUCAAUAGUGACUCUUCCGCACCUGCCCGCAAAGGCUGCUUCUGUCCUGCGUGCUCACAACAAGCAAGUCCUUGGGAUCUACACCAACUAUGUGUCCAGUUUUGUCAACCAGCAUCUCAGGGAUCCGGACCACUCUCUGCCUUUCAGUGGGAUUCAGUGCGGUGGAGAUAAUUCCGCCGCCCAACUUGGUUUCACGAAGUUCAAUCAUCUGGCUGCAUCGAUAAUAUCCCCAUUUUAUGCCCUUUCGGGAAAUCAAGACACUUGCGAUUCGAUUUUCGAUCUUAGUCAGAUGGUUCGGAGUGGCGUCUGGCUUGAAGAUUCUGUCAUUCCAUACGUGGCCGUCUUGGCCGAAGAGAACGCAAUGCCUCUCAAUGCAUACCUGUAUGACUUUUUCAAACAUGGAAAUGUCACUGAAUUGCUGACUGCCAAUCGGAUCCGCCGCGGAGACGUCUGGUUCUUGUUGAACGACUUCUCGUUGAUAUUGGCAACUAUCACCACAAGCAUUGAAGCAUAUCUCAGCCCUGGAGGAAACAUUGACCCAGACAUGCUUGAUGUAUCCGGUGGAGGGGAGGUCCAUGAAAAUUCCGUGAAUGAUAAGGCUAUCGAGAGGACUGAUGCCGAAAAUCAGAAGAAAGUGAGUCUACAACCGGCCACCAUUGGUCGGAGCCAGUCGCUUGCGGCCCCCCUGCAUGGUACCUCUCGUUCCCGCGCGAAGAAAGUUGUGGAUAGCUGGGAGGAUGAGAUGGGAGAGGAUGAUUUGAUUCAAACUGCGGACAAAGCCCGGGACCAUCAGGCUCCCCAAAAGACGAUUAACAAGGCCAAGUCCAAGGCAAAACUGGGAAAGCCAACGGGAAAACCCCAGGGAUCUAUGCUCUUGGUUGCUCAAGCGUUUAGAGAACUGCAAACUGAGUUUGACAGCAAGUUUAAGGCGAUGUGGGCCUGA